AUGCGUACACACGUGCGCCUCGAGUCGCGUCUCAAGACGGUUUACGUGCGGCGACGUACCGCGACCCGGGUGGGGGGAGUAACAACAACAAAAAAAGGUACGCAGGUAUGCGCUGCAGUUGCGGCGGGAAAGGGAGAGAAAUGUCCGAGAAGCCGGGGACCGGCUGAUGUCGGUGUCCCGCCGCUGGUGCUCGUCACGCGUGCGACUGUCUACGCUGCUGUACGGCGCUCUUAUCACCUUAUCAUUGAGGGUGGAUUCGCAUCGCGAUGUGUUUCGAUACAGUAUGGAUUUUUCGAUAACUUCUUGAUAUCGUGCGAGGUAGAUAUGAAGCAUGAUUGA